AAUCACACAACCAUUCCAGCUAGCGACCUCAUCUUGUCUCUAUUUAAGCAGCCCAGCCCGCUGGCCCUUCUCCACACUCAACUCAACACGAGCAAGAGAACCCAUACGGCCGUACCGCGGCAACCAGAGACCAGACCACUCCGAAUACUCGUGGCUAGCCAGAUCCAUCGCAAGCAAUACUAAUUCCCACAUGGCGUCUGACCAGCAGCCGCUCGCGGUGCCGAGGUGGAAGCCGAGCCCGCCGCGCCGCCAGAGCCGCCCGGACGCCGCAGGCGACGACGAGGGGCCAUCCGACUCCGACCUCGGCGGCUCCCUCCGCAGCACCGACGGCUUCCCCUUCGGCAGCCUCAGCGGGAGCUCCACGUUCCCGCCGCCGCCGCCGCCCUUCGUGCCGCGGCAGCAGUCCUCUUCCUCGCUGGAGAUCAUCAGCGUGGAGAACGCUCAGAACGGCGCGGGGGGUUUCGUCGCCAACGGCAACGGCGCCGCCGUGGUCGUCCGGCGGGAGACGUCGUUGCGCCGGGUGGACCAAGGGGUCGUCCUUUCGUGGGAGGACCUGUGGGUGUCGGCGGCCGGCGGCGGCGGCGGCGGGACGAAGAAGCCCAUCCUCCGCGGGCUCAACGGCUACGCACGCCCCGGCGAGGUGCUCGCCAUCAUGGGGCCGUCCGGCUGCGGCAAGUCCACCCUCCUUGACGCCUUGGCAGGGAGGUUGGGUUCUAACGUCAGCCAGAAGGGAGAGAUCCUGAUCAAUGGUCGGAGGCAGAAGCUAUCUUUUGGAACAUCGGCGUACGUGACGCAGGACGACGUGCUGAUGACGACCCUGACGGUGCGCGAGGCGGUGCACUACUCGGCUUCGCUGCAGCUGCCGGCCCACAUGCCGGCGGCGGCGAAGCGGGAGCGGGCCGAGGAGACGCUGCGGGAGAUGGGCCUGCUGGAGGGCAACGUGGCGGACACCCGCAUCGGCGGAUGGGCCCACAAGGGGAUCAGCGGCGGCCAGAAGCGCCGGGUCAGCAUCUGCAUGGAGAUCCUCACCAGGCCGGCCCUGCUGUUCCUGGACGAGCCCACCAGCGGCCUCGACAGCGCCGCAUCCUACCACGUCGUCAGCCGGAUCGCAAGGCUCGCCCGCAGGGAAGGCAUGGCCGUCGUCGCCGCCGUGCACCAGCCAAGCACCGAGGUCUUCGGGCUCUUCUCCGGGCUCUGCCUCCUCGCAUACGGCAACACCGUCUUCUUCGGCCCGGCUGCCGACGCCAACCAGUUCUUCGUUCUGAGCGGGUUCCCUUGCCCGUCGCUGAUGAACCCUUCCGACCACUUCCUAAGGACCAUCAACAAGGACUUCGACAAUGACAUCGAAGAAGGCCUCGGCGGGAAGAAGACGACCACCGCCCAGGCCAUCGACGCCCUGGUGACCUUGUACAGAUCCUCGGGGCACAUGGAGAAGGUGACGCGGCAGAUCGCUGACAUACGCAACGGCACCGGUGGUCCGGUGGUGAAGAUGGAAGGGCAGCACCCGAGCUUCCUGACGCAGUCCCUGGUGCUGACCAAGAGGUCCUUCGUCAACAUGUACAGGGACCUCGGCUACUACUGGCUCCGCUUCGGCAUCUACCUCGCGCUCUGCCUCUGUGCCGGCACCAUCUUCUACGACAUCGGCCACACCUACGGAUCCAUUCAGGCACGUGGCUCCAUUCUCAUGUUCGUUGGCGCCUUCCUCACCUUCAUGGCCAUCGGAGGCUUCCCGUCAUUCGUGGAGGACAUGAAGAUAUUUGGGAGGGAGAGGCUGAACGGGCACUACGGGGUGUCGUCGUUCGUGAUCGCCAACACGGUGUCGGCGACGCCGUACCUGCUGCUCAUCUCCGUGGUUCCGGGCGCGCUGGCCUACUACCUGGUGGGCCUCCAGAGGAGCUUCGACCACUUCGCCUACUUCGCGCUGGUGCUCUUCAUGACGAUGAUGCUGGUGGAGGGGCUGAUGAUGAUCGUGGCCAGCGCCGUCCCGGACUUCCUCAUGGGCAUCAUCACCGGCGCGGGGAUCCAGGGCGUCAUGAUGCUCAACGGCGGCUUCUUCCGCCUGCCCCGCGACCUGCCCAGGCCGGUGUGGCGCUACCCCAUGUACUACGUCGCCUUCCACAAGUACGCCAACCAGGGGUUCUACAAGAACGAGUUCAUGGGGCUCACUUUCCCCCGCGCCAACGCCGCCGCCCAGGCAGGCCCCGGCGCCAGCGCCACCGUCACCGGCGGCGAGAUCCUGAGGGACUACUGGCAGGUGGAGAUGGGGUACAGCAAGUGGGUCGACCUCGCGGUCCUCUUCGGGAUGGUCAUAAUCUACAGGGUGCUCUUCUUGGUCAUCGUGAAGCUUACCGAGAAGGUGAAACCAAUGGUGAAGGGGUUCAGGUUCAGGAGCACCCAGCAGUCGGUGCACGUCGCCGAGCAUGACGCCAGCCCGUGAUCGAUGCAGCAUUGCAGCGUCAGGCGGGAGAGAGAGCACAGUUUAUUGGUAGAUCGAGGAGGACAAUUUAGAAAUCCAAGUUACAUCAUGUAUCUGAUGAAGUUCUGAACUGUAUGAUGCAGUGUUGGGCAAUGUAGGGUACGCAAAUGUCUUGUGUUGUCAAAUUCGCGUUGACGAAGAACAUCUUUACAAAGUGAAAAAUGUAAUUACCUCUUUUUUAAGAUUAGACCAACUUUUGUGUAUAGUAGUGAUUAAAAGCAGAACACAGAGAUUAGCGUGGUAA